AUGCAGGAGGAUAAGCCAGUGGAAGGCGGACAAGAGAAGAACCAGGCUUUGCUCCUGCAUGGGCUGGUUGAGCGGGGUCCUGAGGUCUUCAGGUUCCUGACCAUUUCAGAGGCUCCAAGGGGCAAGCCAUGCUGGGCUCCCCCUGGCCCCCCACCAAGCUGGAAGCCAGUGCCUUUGUCAUCCAGCACAAAGGUGCAUGUCACGGAUUGUGGUGUCACACCUUAUGGGGGACCGCAGACUCCCCGGGGCCAGGUGGAGGAUGUUCUAAGGCAGACCCCUUUCCUACAGGCCUGGCUGCAGCAGUAUGGCUACCUGCCCCCCGGGGACCUGCGUACUCACACACAGCGCUCGCCCCAGUCGCUCUCCGCUGCCAUCUCCGCCAUGCAGAGGUUCUAUGGUUUACGCGUAACGGGCAAAGCCGAUCUCCCCGGCCCCAGGGCCAUGAGGAGGCCCCGCUGUGGUGUCCCAGACAAGUUUGGGGCUGAGAUCAAGGCCAACGUCCGAAGGAAGCGGUACGCCAUCCAGGGUCUCAAGUGGCAACAUACUGAGAUUACUUUCUGCAUCCAGAAUUAUACCCCCAAGGUGGGCGAGUAUGCCACCUUCGAGGCCAUCCGCAAGGCGUUCCGUGUGUGGGAGAGCAACACGCCGCUGCGCUUCCGCGAGGUGCCCUACACCUACAUCCGGGAGGGCCACGAGAAGCAGGCGGACAUCAUGAUCUUCUUUGCCGAGGGCUUCCAUGGAGACAGCACGCCCUUCGAUGGCGAGGGCGGCUUCCUGGCCCACGCCUACUUCCCAGGCCCCAACAUCGGAGGGGACACCCACUUUGACUCUGCCGAGCCCUGGACUGUCCGGAACGAGGACCUCAAUGGGAAUGACAUCUUCCUGGUGGCCGUGCAUGAGCUGGGGCAUGCCUUGGGCCUCGAGCACUCCAAUGACCCGUCGGCCAUCAUGGCACCCUUUUACCAGUGGAUGGACACGGAGAACUUUGUGCUGCCCGAUGACGACCGCAGGGGCAUCCAGCAGCUUUACGGGGGUGAGGCCGGGUCCCCCACCAAGACACCCUCGCACCCCAGGACCACUUCCCGGCCCUCUGUGCCCGAUAAGCCCCAUAACCCCACCUACGGGCCCAACAUCUGUGACGGGAACUUCGACACAGUGGCCGUGCUUCGAGGGGAGAUGUUUGUCUUCAAGGAACGCUGGUUUUGGCGGGUGAGGAAUAACCAGGUGAUGGACGGCUACCCGAUGCCCAUCGGCCAGUUCUGGCGGGGCUUGCCCGCGUCCAUCAACACAGCCUACGAGAGGAAGGAUGGCAAGUUUGUCUUCUUCAAAGGUGAGCAGGAGGAGACCGAGGUGAUCAUCAUCGAGGUGGACGAGGAGGGCCCUGGGGCCGUGAGCGCCGCCGCUGUGGUGCUGCCCGUGCUGCUGCUGCUGCUCGUGGUGGCCGUGGGCCUGGCCGUCGUCUUCUUCCGACGGCACGGGACACCCAAGCGGCUGCUCUAUUGCCAGCGCUCCCUGCUGGACAAGGUCUGACCCCCGCUGCGGGCCUGCCCACGCCUACCACACGGACUUUGCCUCCGAAGGCCAUUGGCAGUAGGUGGUGGUGGGUGGGCUGCCCCCACCCGUCCCAAGCGCCCUCCCUUCACCCCCCUGUGCUCUAGGCCCCUGACCCCGACGCCUUUCUCUCUCUGUCCCCUGACUGGUCUCUCCCACCAUUGCCUUGCUUCUUUCUCAGGAGGGUCCCGGGGGGGCUAAGCAGGGUCUGGGGUGGGGGGAGACUGCCAGUCGCUGCCCCUCAGGGGAGCCCUGUAACUUGGUGUGUGUCUAGCCCCAACUGAAUGUCUUGUGGGGGGGCUCUGCACUUGAAGGCAGGACCCUCAGACCUCGCUGAUAAAGGUCAAAUUGGGGUCAACUGCGCCUCUUCCAUCCCCUGGCAUACUUUUAACCUCUGAACUCUGACCUCAGGAGGCUCUGGGCACCACAGCCCCCAAGUCCCCCCAGUGUACCCCACUGGCAGCCUGCCACCACUCUUUCUGGCUAAAAGGAAGCAAGGGGGUGAGAGGCUGGGGACUAAGCAGUCACCGCUGAGACCUUGGGAGCAAAACUUAGAAGAGGGUCUUCACUGGCCCUCUCCACAGACCUGCUUCUGUCCCCCACCUGUGCCAGAGAACUUUCACGGAAGGCGUCUGAGCCAUUAAGGACUAAACUGGGGCACGAGAAGCCCUGGGCAGCCUCGCCCCCCUCAAAAGUUAGCCUUGGCUGGGGAGUGCGAGGUGGGAGGGCCAGGGGAGAGACCCAGGGGGUCUGGAGCCCUAGGUGUGAGCCUGAAGGCCACAUGCAGGCGGCUGGGGCUGGGACCCAGGGGCAGCGCAGUGGAGGGAGGGAGCAGAAUGAGGCUGGGGGGUGGGGGGACGGGGCCUGGGAACAAGAACAGCGGGGGCAGCCAAGGGAGGGCAGUAUAUUGUGGUGGAGCUCAGGAUGGGCCCUGACCAGGGCAUGCUUGCUGGUCCUCCGUCCUUUCCUGGGUAACCAGACAGCCUCGAGGGGACGGGACAUGGGAGAGAGCACAGAGAGGUUGUAUGCAGCAGGGACUCACUCCGGAACCUCGCUGAGAGAGGUCACCUUGUCUAAGUAGCCAAAAAGUGAUGGGGGCUGGGCAUUACCCCCACCUCUGAGAGGGGCCAGGCACCUCGGGUGUCUCCCGGGUAGGUGGCACCGCCCUCCCCUGGCCCAUCUUAACCAAUGUGCUGCCUCCCUCUGCCCUGAUCAGCCUGCCUAUUCUGCGUCUCCUUUGGCCACCAAAGGUGGUCAGGUACCAGGGGGCAGUGGGACACGGGAGAGCGAGAGGAGAGGAAUAG